AUGCUGAUUCUGCUGCUGGCAGCCACCCCACCCAAAGCACUUGGCUAUUUCCUGGGAGACACCAAAGCAGUAUUAACAGGAUGCGAGAACCGCUGGACCCUGCAGGACUGGGUCACCAUGCCGCAGAUCUUUCAAAUGACUGUAUGCGUGGACAUACGCGUGGUCGUCCCUGGGGCCUGGGUGGCUUUCUCCUACAGCUCGGUCCACGCACCUAAACCUGAGCUGGGUCUGGAGGGAGACAAUGAUGCCCUUUAUGGGUGGCUGCUAAGGGUCCGACACAGAUUUCCUCACCGGCUGUCUCCAAUAAACUGGCACAGGGUGUGUUUAAGGAGGGACGAACAACGCAACUCCUUCAGCCUGGAGGUUGAUGGAGAACUAAUAGCAGAGAGCACAGUCAUCGCUAAAGCCAUCCCCUCCUUAAGCUCUCUGCGGCUGGGCUGUCGUUCCAGUAAACGACACCGUGGAGUGACACCUGGAACUAUUGAGCUGUACAUGUUCAGGAUGUGGGACGAUGUGGGUUACCAUGGCUUCUGUGAGGACGGCUCCGUGAUUGGCUGGAAUGCUCGGUACUGGGGCAUUUCCAGUCUUAAAGCGAGACAGAAGGACCCCUACCUUCUGUGUGAAGUGCCUUCAACAACAUCUACCUCAAGUCCAGUCAUAGCAACCCCCUUCACUCACACGAGUACCCAGACGUCUGUGGUCACAGGCUCCUCGUUUGUAAACUGCAACGUCAGCCCACUGUGUUCAAACAAGAAUGCUUACUACUGGAUGUCUAUAACUGUGGAAGCCCCAGAGGGAGAUAAAACUGAACAAGACAUUUACAAACUGGUGUCGAAUGCGUUUGGUUGCCCAGUAACAGGUCUAGAAGAUUUCUGUCAGAAUGACGGACAGCUUCAGAUAGCAGAGGUCAACUGUAAAGCAAAAAGCAACAUCAGAAAUACGACGUGCUAUGUGCUGUUGCAGCUCAGUCAGGCUGUCUCAGCGUGUGAACUGCAGCUCGCUGGAGUCUCUGCACUGCAGCAAGCUGGAGACGAGGAAGUACAAGGCAGAAUCACAGGAGAGGUGGAGAGAGUUGGUCGAGAUCUCUGUGAGGAUGUGCUGCCCUCCAGUGGUGGAUUCAUGAGGUGCACAUCCACAUCUUCCUUGGAUGAUAUCUGUCAGGCAGAUAAAUCCUCCAAACUAACAUGUUCCAUCAUAGAGCCGGACUCUGACCCUGUUUCACAGUCUAAGGCAGGCUCCUGCCGCAGCCAGUUUUAUGCCACAAGGAUAAAUAUAAACAGCUCUGUUGUUAAUAUCAAGGUUUUAAGACUCAUGUUGUCAAUCCCUAGUAUCACCCGCACAUGCAACCAAACAUCAGGGUCAAUGUGUCAGGAUAUCAAAAAGUACUACAAGGGCGCUCAUCUGGAAUGCCAUGGGACACAACAGAGGUUGUACAGCUGCAUGGUGAUACUGGAGAUGUCUGGACCAGUCGAUGGCUGCUUCCUGAGUAACAUUGUGCAAGAUGUCAUAGCUGGGAUGGAUAUUGUUACAAACGAGAGGCCACUGACACGCAUUAUGGUUUGUGGUGAUCCUGGUCUGACUCUCCGUACUCUCUUAAUGUCCAACCUGACCUGGGUAGACAGUGACCUGCAGGCCUCUGACCUCUGCCAACCUGACCCUACUUUGCUGAAAUGUGAGCAAAACGAGACCCUCGCUGUUCUUCUGACAGACAGUUGCACACCAGAGUCAACCACAACCAAGCAAAGCACGCCAGCUCCAACUACGACCACCAACAACACCAUCACUACCACUCCUGGAACCUCACCCCCAUCUGUCACCAACACAACUGGACAAUCUAAGACAACUGCUACAAGUACCACAGUAGUUUCAUUGACAAAUGUGUCACAAGUGGCAGGUCAGUCUGAAAUGACUACUCCGCUCACAACUAUUAACAGUACACAGACGUCAACAACCCCUGCGCUUGAAACUAGCUCACAAAGUAUAACCUGGGCUGGCUCAGACAGUAAAAUAGUUCAAAAUACAACCUCAUCUGCUAACACCACAUUACUGACAACCACUGAAAUGACCAAACUGCAAAACACAUCCACUACAACAGGUUUUAAAACCCUGUCCCCAGAAAACUCAACAUUACCAAGCACUACAGCUGCUCUUAUUGUCAGCACAGUAACACCAUCUCCGAAUGGUACAACAAUCAACAACGUAACUACAGUCAGCACAGUAACACCAUCUCCGAAUGGUACAACAAUCAACAAUGUAACUACAGUCAGCACAGUAACACCAUCUCCGAAUGGUACAACAAUCAACAACGUAACUACAGUCAGCACAGUAACACCAUCUCCGAGUGGUACAACAAUCAACAAUGUAACUACAGUCAGCACAGUAACACCAUCUCCGAAUGGUACAACAAUCAACAAUGUAACUACAGUCAGCACAGUUACACCAUCUCAGAGUGGUACAACAAUCAACAAUGUAACUACAGUCAGCACAGUAACACCAUCUCCGAAUGGUACAACCAUCAACAACGUAACUACAGUCAGCACAGUAACACCAUCUCCGAAUGGUACAACAAUCAACAAUGUAACUACAGCUAGCACAGUAACACCAUCUCCGAAUGGUACAACAAUCAACAACGUAACUACAGCUAGCACAGUUGCACCAUCUCUGAAUGGUACAACAAUCAACAACGUAACUACAGCUGGCAAAAACCUGCAAAACAGCACUGUCACUACGAGUAACACAACAUUUAGCACAUUUACACCUCCUCCAAAUCUUACAAUGGCUCAUAAUGUAACUGAGGAAACCAACAAUCACACAACAGCCUCAAACAGUAACACAACAGAGCACAAUGUGACUGUGGCAAACAACACAGUAAAUCUUGGAAAUGGUUCAUUUACAACACUUAACGCCACAAUUAGCACUUUUACAGCUUCACCCAAUGUCACUGUAGACAACAAUGUUACUACAGCCACCAUCAAUUACACAACACCUGAAAAUGUAACUGCAUUUCAAAACCAAACAGUCUCUCACAAUGAAACGACUGGGGAAAUACAGCAAAACACAACUUCUUCUUAUACAAAUAUGACAACAUCUACUACUGAAGGACAAGAUAAUACAACCCUUAAUAAUGCAACGACAACCACAACGCCUGUUGUCAACACCACAAGGCCAUCAGUGGCUCCACUAAACAACCAGACUGGAAAUAACACCACAAUGAGUGUGACUAACAACAUCACAGCUACAGACGAAGCUGACACCAACUCCACUGCAGCUACCACUACUGUUAGUGCUGUUAUUAAUCAGAAUGAAACAACAGGAAUCAGCGUCAACGUAAGUUCAACUACAAGCAGAUUAACCACUGUCAUCAGUGCAACAACUAACGCACCAGGAGUCAAUGUAACAACCACGGCAUCCACAACCUCAACCACGACCACCACAGCUACUACAACUACUGAUGGUGUACCUGUAGCUCAGAUUGACAACGCUACAACAAAGGUUACCACGACUUCAUCUACAACAACUGUACAGACCACUACCCUCAGCAGCACCACCACAACAGCAACACCAGGUGUCAGCAAAACAACUUCUGCAACAACUGUGGGCCCCAGCCAAAGCCAGGAGGAGCAGGCAGAGCAACUGCUGAAUCAAACACAGAAUGCGUCUCAACUUGACUCCUCAGAGGUUGAACAGGUUGUUGGGCAGUUGGAGAGGCUCCUGGAGGGUCCCAGUGUCUCCCAAUCAGUGGGCCAAAAGGCCAUUGAAAUUGUCUCCAACAUUAUGGGAGGAAACCCAGAGGCUCUCGCUGCCUCUGCCAACAGGCUGAGUCUGCUGGUGGAUGACUUGGGCCAGAAGUUGGUCGUCAGCGGUAACAGAGCGGUACUCGGAGCGGUACUCUCUUCAGACUUGCUGGUUCUGGCUGUGUCGACUGUUGAUGGGACCAACUUUCCUGCAACAUCCGUGAACAUUUUCAACACUAAUGAUGUGCAGCUCAGUACUCGCCGCAGAUCUCGCUCUAAGAGGUCAGAUUCAGUCCUUGGGUCCGUUUUCCUGCCCUCUUCUCUGACCUCAGGUCUCAGUCCUGAAGAGCAGCAGCAGGCCAGCAGGGUCCAGUUCACCUUCUACACUACGUCUACAUUGUUUCAGGACACGACGUUAAAUAACCAGACCAUAGUCAGUCCAGUCCUGGGCUCCAGCAUAGCCAAUCUUUCGAUAAGCAACCUGACUGAAAACAUCCAGUUCACAAUCAGAAACAUUGACCCCAUAAACCAUUCAGCCUCUUGUGUAUACUGGGACUAUUCUUUAUAUGAUGGAGGAGGAGGUUGGAGGUCUGACGGUUGCUUCGUCGUCAACACCACAGCAGAAGAGACGAUCUGCAGCUGCAACCAUCUCACAUCUUUUGCGAUUCUACUGGAUUUGUCCAGAGAGGGACUAAUUGACCGUCAGCAUGCACAGAUUCUCACUUUCAUCACCUACAUCGGCUGUGGGAUCUCUGCUAUUUUCCUUGCAGUCACCUUAUUGACAUAUCUUUCAUUUGAGAAACUUCUCAGGGAUAUUCCCGCCAAGAUCCUGGUGCAGCUCUGCAUGUCCCUCCUCUUCCUGAACCUGGUCUUCCUGCUGGACGGCUGGCUGGCGCUCUACCCCGCCGUCGGCCUGUGCAUCAGCACCGCCUUCUUCCUGCACUACUUCCUGCUGACGUCAUUCACCUGGGCGGGGCUUGAGGCCCUGCAUAUGUACCUGAGCGUGGUCCAGGUGUUCACACCCUACCUGAGCAGAUACAUGCUCAAGUUCUCACUGAUGGGCUGGGGCCUCCCUCUCAUUGUGGUGAUUAUUGUGAUAUCAGUGGACAAAGACAACUAUGGCCUCGUUACAUAUGGACGAUUCAAUGAUGGCACAACAGACGACUUCUGCUGGCUCCGUAAUGACAUCGCCUUCUACGUGGGCGUGGUGGCUUACUUCCUCCUCAUCUUUACUCUGUGCCUGAUCGUCUUCAUCAUGGUCAUGGUCCAGCUGGCCCGGAUCAAGAAGCAGAACCCCCAGAACCAGUCUCCAAAUAGAGGCGUGAUGACGGACCUGCGCAGCAUCGCCGGCCUCAUCGUCCUGCUCGGACUCACCUGGGGGUUCGCCCUGUUCGCCUGGGGUCCUCUCUACCUACCCUUUGUUUACCUUUUCUCUAUUUUCAACUCUCUGCAGGGUUUCCUUAUCUUUGUCUUCCACUGUGCUGUAAAAGAAAACGUCCGCAAGCAGUGGAGAACGUAUCUUUGCUGUGGGAAACUACGACUGGCUGAAAACUCAGAAUGGAGUCGGACAGCGACUGCUAACAAGAGGAACAUGUCACUCGCCACAGCAUCCAGCUCGGCUCCUCAGCUCACCUCACGAAGCUCCUCGGUCACCAGCGACAGCACCAACAGCAGCGGCUCUGUGUUUGCAGACAGCGGGAUAUCUGACGGCUCAAACAGUGACGUCGUACUCAAUGAGAUUCACAGAAGAAAUCUUUCACUGCGAGCCGACCAGGACUUAUAA